AUGAUGAUUUCUACACGAGUUGUCUAUGGACUGCUUCUCUGUGGAUUGCUGCAUGUGCUCAGUGCAGAACCCAAGUCCCACAUUUCCGUUGUCUUAGUCGGGGCCACGGGGGACUUGGCUAAAAAGUACCUGUGGCAGGGUUUGUUUCAGUCGUACAGCAAGCAGGUGGGUGGAACCCACAGCCUCAGUUUCUAUGGAGGCACUCGGCUCAGCUCCUCAGAGGCUUCCCCGGUGAUGUAUGAGAUUCUGAAAGGCCUGUCCUGUUUGCCGAAUGUCCCAUCGGUGAAGUGUGCGCUGCUCAAGGACCAGUUUCUGAAGCUGACCCAGUACCACCAGUUGGACACGCACCAAGACUAUUCCGCUCUGAACAAGAAGAUCGAGGAGGUGCUGGACCAAGAAGGGCUUCGGGAGGAGGGCCGACUCUUCUACCUUUCCGUUCCCGCUUUCGCCUAUGCUGACAUCGCCACCAAGAUCAACGCCACCUGCAGGCCGCGGGAGGAGUCCUGGCUGCGUGUUGUUCUGGAAAAGCCCUUUGGACACGACCUCCAUUCUGCCCAGCAGUUAGCCGAGGAGCUGCGGAAGGUCCUUCGAGAGGAAGAGAUGUACAGGAUUGACCAUUACCUUGGGAAACAGGCGAUUGCCCAUAUUUUGCCAUUCCGACAUGACAACCAGCAUUCCUUGAAUCCCAUUUGGAACCAGCAUCACAUUGAAAGAGUGGAAAUCGUCAUGAAGGAGACUGUGGAUUCUAAAGGCCGCACGAGUUUUUACGAGCAGUACGGGGUCAUUUGCGACGUUAUUCAGAACCACCUGACCGAAAUUCUGACCUUUGUUGCCAUGGAGACCCCAGCCAACAUCAGUGACUCGGAAGAGAUCCACAGAAACAAAAUGAAGGUGUAUGCCAGCCUGGAAAGACUCGGUAAACGCAGCGCCGUCAUUGGUCAGUAUCAAGCGUACAACUCUGAGGUCAGGCAAGAGCUUCAGAAAGCAGCUGAAUACACCAGCACCAUCCCGACAUUUGCAGGUGUAGCGAUGUUCCUGGACAGCCCACAGUGGGACAAUGUGCCUUUUAUACUGACUGCUGGGAAAGCUCUGGAUGAACGAGUUGGUUACACUCGAAUUCUCUUCAAAACCAAAGCCUUCUGCCUCCAAAAUGAGUCAACGAGGAAAGCUGAAUUCAGUCAGUGUAGGCAGAGACAGAUAAUCUUUUACGUCGGCCAUGGAGACCUGAAUUUUCCAGCUAUAUUGGUGAGUAAAAACCUGUUCAAACCAGUGAUGGACACAUCGAGCUGGAAGCAGGUGACAGAAUUUCCCGAUGUCCAGAUGUUUGGACUUCCCUUGUCAGACUAUUAUAUCUACACCCCUGUGAUGCAGAAGGAUGCUUACGCGGUGUUGAUACCUCAGAUUUUCCAAGCCAAGAGGGACUGCUUUGUCAACACCGAGGACCUAUUGGCAUCUUGGAAAGUCUGGACUCCCUUACUGAAAGAGUUUUCCAAUGUGAGCCCGCGCAUUUAUCCAGGAGGGGCCCGGAAUGGCGAUAUGUUGGACUUCAAGGUCGAGGGGAAGACGGUCUCUUUCACCAGGUCUGACCCCAUGGCAAUCAUCUCAGAGAGUCCCAGCCAUCAAACGGUGAGUGAAUACAAGGCCAUAGCAUCGACGUUCCGAGGGAAUACCUUGGUGUCCGCGGUCACAGAGGACCUGAUAGCAAAGCUGGCCUCCUACCUGCAGCAGACAGCCCAGGAUGCCGUGCGAGAACAUGGGAACUUCCAUCUCGCUGUAUCAGGGGGCUCGAGCCCCAAAGACUUGUUCAGGAGGUUGGCCGCGCAUCACUACACGUUCCCAUGGAAACGCACCCACUUUUGGAUGGUGGACGAGCGGUGCGUCCCGCUCGAUGACCCCAAGUCGAACUUUAGGAGUUUGCACGACAACCUGCUGAAGGACCUGAAGGUCCCUUACGUCAACAUCCACCCGAUGCCCGUCCACAUGAACCAAAGGCUGUGUGUUGAGGACGACCGUGGUGCGGGUCUCUAUGCCAAUGAGAUUGAGAUGUUGGUCAACGGGACGAGUUUUGAUUUUGUUUUGUUGGGGGUGGGCGCUGAUGGCCACACUGCCUCGCUGUUUCCCAACAGCCAGGCUCUAACCCUCGAGCGUAACCUGGUUCUGUUUACAGAAAGUCCAGUCAAACCCCACCAACGGAUGACCCUUUCUCUAAGGGCAAUCAACAAGGCCAAACAUGUCGCUGUUUUAAUAACAGGGAGAAGCAAGCAUCCGAUAGUGGGGACCUUGAGCAAGGAGGGUGAGAAAUCUGAGAAAUGGCCCAUUACAAUGGUUCAGCCGUCAGGCGGUGAACUCGUUUGGUUUAUCAAUCAUGAUGCACUCUUUGGCUGAUCAAGUUCCAUGACAUUUGGCAUCUUCACUGCCUGCCCUCCAGAUCCCAAUUCAAAACUUUGGGUGUAGCAAAUUUACUGAAGUUACUCUGUUAAUGAAGUGCUAUUUUUGUUCUUGGUAUGGGGUGUUAAUUCUGGGUGUGGCUAUCAAAUUGGAGAAAUCUUUUCAGGAUAUGGUAGCGAGCAAUAAAUUCAUUGGGUACAUUUUAAUUAGUUUCUACUGUGCGAUAGAACCCACCCAAUGUCAUUCUGGACAUUUUUAAGUAACUUGUUAAGACGCACAUCAGGAACAGGUGGGUCUUGAACUCAGGCCUUCUAGCUAAGAGGUAGGGACAGUACCACUGAGCCACAGGUGGGCUUUAAUUUCAUUUUGUUGAUCACAACUGGAUGAAACUUGGAUGAGUUCUAUAGCUAGACAGGUAAUUCAUUUAAUUAGGUCCCUACAUCUCAGUGAAAGUGAGGAUGCUGGAGAUUAGAGUCAAGAUUAGAGUGGUGCUGGAAAAACACAGCAGGUCAUGCAGCAACUGAGCAGCAGGAAAAUCGAUGUUUCAGGCAGGAGCCUGAUGAAGGGCUUUUGCCCAAAAUGUUGAUUUUCCUGCUCCUCAGACACUGCCUGACCUGCUGGGCUUUCCCUACAUCGAGCUGAUGAAACCAAACAGCUCUCCCGCCGUCAGGUAAAUAAUCCACAACCUUUUGUAAGUUUCAUUAAAUGGUGACAGUUCCGUGUGUAUGAAUGAUUGAAAUGUUGAGUGGUCGUGUUACAGACAACUGUUCAAAUGGUCCAGCUUUCUGGUGACUAUGCCCUGUAAUAGAUGACAAUAUCUUUUACAAACCAGUUGGUCACAAACAGUCACCCAGAUAGAUAGGCGUGUCCUUUCCCUGUCUGUCAGCCAUGUGUCUUUUUACUCAGGUAUCUUUUCAAAUAGAAGCCAGGGCAUUUAACCACAGAGACUGGACAAUGAAGGGAGAGAAAGUGUACAAAUACAUGUUACAAAUUAUGGGAACUAUUCGGAAUUUUGUUUUUCCCCUAAGUGCGGUGCUUGUAACAGAACCUCACUAAAAGCACAAACUUAAUUUACAUGGCCUUAGCAGUUGCACUGUGUUCAACACAGAAACAUAUUUCAGUAGUGAACACGUUAGGAUGAGAGGGAAGGAAGACACCUUCCUUUAGCAAAGACACAUGCUGGGUACCAGCACUGGCUGUAAUUCUGACUAACUUGGAGAUAGAUUGUUAGAGUCCAGAAAGACGCUUACUGAAGGAUAGAACUGGAGUUAAUCCACACACACUUCUACAUUGAUCUACAGACUAGCUCAUUAUGAGCAUCCACUUCCUAAACCACCAACAGUUUGUGUCUAAAGGGAUUUAAGUGUUCAUGUCCAUAAGCUGCAUACCUACGAUUAAACAUAAUCAACAUACAAUUAACAUUGAGCCUUGUUGUAAUAUGGGGAGGUUUAGGUGGGAAUGUAGGGUAAUCAGACUGGUCAUGCUUUUCUUGAAUGGUGGAACAAAUGCGAGAGGUCAACAUGUCCAAAUAUGUAUGUGUAUGUGUGUGUGUCAGCCUUUGUAUUUAAUUUUUUACGAUGAUGAUUCACUGGUGGGAUGUGUUUUUCGCUGGCAAGGCUGACGAUUAACACAGGGCUUGAAACACCAGUGGAAUGAAACUUGCUGUCUGUACGUUAUAAUUUUGCACUGAAUGUUGAAGAGACACUGAAGGCACCAGUUUGUGAGUGAUUGUGGGAGACCACCAGAUCACUUCACUUAGCUACGUUGUAUGAACAAUCCGGCUAACAUUACCAGACAGAUGUUUCUCCAGUGGGGGAAUUAAUACAAGUUGCCAAUCCGGUAAUAGAUUUUUAAUUUCAUAUUAAGUUGUCAUUGACUUUGCUUUGACCUUUUCUUCUUCAUGAUCCGAGGUCUUUUGUUCUUAUGUUGUUCCCGGUUACCUUCCAUCCUGGAAUAUUCAACAAUCGUGCGUACAGCAUACAAAAUGCACUGAGUUAACUUGUGGCUUUGCCUCAGUUCAAGGUGUGUCUCAUUUUGAAGACCCCUGAAUUGUGAAGUUUGAUAUUUUCCCACGUGGUUGACAUUCUAUUGUUGAACAGGUUUUGGUUUCUUGCGGCCUGAAUUAACUGCUACAUUUACUUGUAUAACACACUGCACUGCAGCAUUUAAUAAUGUGUGGGAAGUGCUAUAGAACAUCACAGAGACUGUUUUUAAAAGAUUUCAUGCAUAUAGCGCCUUCCACUGUCUCAAGCCAUCCUCAUGUGCUUGACAUCUAAUGGUGGACAUCCAAAUGCAGAAAUGUAUUCUGGGAUACAUAGCACAGCAAGCUGUCACAGCAGUCAUGUGACAAUGUUUAGAUCACCUGCUUUGGGAUGAUGGUUCAGGGGUUUGGCAUUGACCUGGGACAGUGGAAAUUGAGCCAUAGUCUUUGAAGCCUACUAUAGAGGAAUAGUCAAGGCCUUAGUUUAACUCGAGUGUCGGUCUGGAUUCUAUAUUCUGAACUUUGAACUUUCAACCUCCUAAUUCAGAGAUGUGAGUGCUAACUCUUAGCUACAGCUGACAUGGAAACUAAACAUGAAACGUAUUCCCGUCGUCACUUUGUUAAUACUAUCCAUUCAUAAGUGUUUGAAUAAGCAAUUUGCAGCUCUGGAUUGUUAAAGGAUUUUAAUUCACUCAGUGUAUAAGACAUGCUGCAUUUCCUGUUCAACACUCUGCAAUUCAAUGACCUUUCCCACUCACUAAUGAGAAUAUUAUCUCGGUUGUAGACUUUAAAGAUUGAUUGCUUGUUGCAUUGAUGCUGCUGUUAUUGUCCUGUCUUAAUGUUGUAAUGAAGUGUGAUUUUGCUUGAAUUUAUCAGCUGGGACCUGGUUUAAGAUAAAACCAGGAAAAGCUGGUCUGACUUCUUUAUAUAAAAAAAAGAGCAAAUACGAACCUCCAGAGUCGAUCACCAUCCUCCUCUGCCGAGUUUCAGGUGCUAUGUCUGGCACUUACAAUGGCUCAGUGCUUAGCACUGCUGCUGCACAGGGUUUGAUUCUGUCCUCAGUUUACUGUCCAUGUAGAGUUUGUACAGUCGCUCCGUGUCUGUAUGGGUUUCCUCUGGGUGCUCUGGUUCCCUCCCACAGUCCAAAGAUGUGCAGGUUAGAGUGGAUUGGCUAUACUAAUAGCCUCAUAGUGUCCAGAGGUGUGCAGGAUUGGCCAUGUUAAAUUGCCCAUAGAGUGCAGGCUAGCUCGAUUAGCCAUGGGGAAUGUGGAAUUAUGGGCAA